CGAUGGACAAACAAUGAUACAUUACUAGCAAUACUUAUUGUACCCAAAUCACAGCAUCCGCCAGUCUCCUCCCUCUCUUCCUCCUCCAUCUCUCUCCCCUUCCCUCCCUCCGUCUGCCGCCGCCGCCGCCGCCACUAACUAUCUUCCACCACCGCUAAAAUCCUUCUUCCCAUCUAUGAAUCACACUCCUCUCUCUUAAUUCCAUUUUAACGAAAAUCACAAAGCAAUGCCGAAAGCUCUAGGAAGAAACCUGCAAAGCUGCUUCAGCGUCAUCACCAAACGCCCCCUCCUCCCGCCGCCGCCGCCGCCGGGCCGAUCACGCGCCUCACCCUCCCCGCCGUCACCAGAAGAUCACAACCCACCAAUCCCAAAUCUAUUCAAAAGCUACAACUCCCUUUUCGAGGAAGCCCAACCCCCAACAACCCCGCCGCCGCGUGUCUCCUCCGCUUCCUCUUCCUCCACAUCAUCCUCCGGCGAGCCCGACUUCGCCACCGUCUACGCCUCCCAGCGCUUCUUCUUCUCCUCCCCCGGCCGCUCCAACUCCAUCGUCGAUUCCUCCUCCACCGAUCUCACCGAUUGCAUUGUCGCAGAAGCGGAUCGCCGGGAAGUAUCCCCGCCGCCGCCGCCGGAGAUAGCGGUGAAGGACGGAGUGGCGGUCCCCACGUACUCCCCGGACCCGUACAGGGACUUCCGGCAGUCGAUGCAGGAGAUGGUGGAUGCGACACGUGGGCGAGGGGGAUUGGUGGACGUGGGGUCCAGCUGGGAGUACCUGCACGAGCUUCUGCUCUCUUACCUGGCCCUCAACCCAAAGACAACCCACAAGUACAUCGUUUGCGCCUUCGCCGACCUCCUUGUCAACCUUCUCUCAUCGACGACGGCGACGGCGACGGAGACACGCGGCGGAGGUGGUUGUCGCAGGUAGCGUGGGGACGUGGCAGGAUUAUAAUUAUGCUGUGUGCUUAAUAAUCUGGUCUGGUCUGAAUCAUGUUUCGAUCCCUCCUAAUUAAUUUUGUUAUCAUUGUUGAUCAGCUAUGUGUAUACAUUAUAUUCAUACGACUUAAUAAUUAAAUUAAAUGCAC